AUGGCCGUGUGCUUUUAGUAGUUACAUUACUUGUACUAGCCGCUUGGUAAUAGUUUAGGUGUACUCUUUCUGAGCAGCUUAUACAGCAGAGGUGAGUUGACACCUCAAAAUUCACAUUACAUUAGCUAGCUUGGUUACAUUAGUUGAAAGAAAUAUAUAUAUAUAUAGAGCAGUGGUUUGACUAUAGCUAACCAUCUUAGCAUUCGCUUUAUAAGUGUAGUAUAGUCUCAAAUUGCGUUCAACAUGGACAACCAAGAACAGAACUCUCCCUCUGAAGGAUGCGUCGACCGGUCUACGCUGGUGUCGGGGGUUGGAAAGAAUAUCAAGUCAGUUUUGUGCCGACGUUGUGGCUCGAAGGUCCUCUGCCCAGGGAUGGCGGUGUUUGCGGAGAAGGAGCUGUUCCUGCCCUCAAUGCGCAAGAAGACCACUAUCACCCAAUCAGAGGGAUCCGUGGAUGGGGACACACUGACUACCCACUGGUUAGUCGACGACAUGUACACUUUUGAGAAUGUGGGCUUCACUAAGGAUGUGGGGAGAAUCAAGUACCUCAUUUGUGCAGACUGUGAGAUUGGACCCAUAGGCUGGCACUCCCUGGAUGACAAAAAGAGCUUCUAUGUUGCAUUGGAAAGAGUCAAUCAUGCCUAGUGUGGCCCACUGCAAGAGCCUGGGGAAACUUAAGAGGGUGUACACAUUUGGAACUGAAGGACAAGACAGACCAACAUGAACGUCAGCCGUGCGCAGUAGAUUACUUGUUGGGUGUCGACGGACAGUGCCUAUUCAAUGUAGAGAAAUCGACAGAAAAUGACGGCAAAUGUUCUGUGGUCAGAGGCAAUAGGACGGUCACCCACUGCGCAUGGGCAACAUGCAUUGGUCUGUCUUGUCCUUAAUUCUUUCCGGCCUUCACUUUCCCUCUGGCUGGUGCUGGAUGACUCCUUAGUUCUUCAAGGCCAAGUGUUCUUCAAUUCCUUUGUUUUCUACUGAUCAACAAUGGUAUUGAUGUGGUUCUCUGAACAAAUGUCUUAUCAGUCUAUAAAACUGUAGUUCAAUCUAAUACUGUAACUAACCCAUAUUCAGGUGUUAUGCUUUGGUCUGAGGUUAACCCUACAGCCUUUGGAAUUGUAUUACUUGUAUAGGCCUACUUGAUAUUACUUUCUACUUCUGAAAUAUUAUCAGACUUUCUACUUCUGAAAUAUUAUCAGACUAUCUCUGAUUCUACAAAUGUGGCCCAUUUGGACUUCUACUGUUUGAAUGAUUAGUGUGCUUAUCAGCAUAGCACACCCUUCGCAUUGUGAAUAAUGGGAGUGGUUGUAUUUGUUGAGUGUGCUGUAUGCAUUUGUUGCUGAUACACUUCAAGUGACAGUGUUCUGUCUGUUGAUAUACCACAUUGGCUUUGACUGCUGCUCUGGCCCUCAGCUAUUGCCAUCUAACUCCAGAGGACCCCAUUAGAUCUCCACAGUCCAUACUCAUCAUAGACAUGUGAUCUGAAAUGCAUUUCAUUCCAUCUGCAUUUGAGUACUGGAUUACCCUUGGCUUGACUGUGAGCUCUAUUGUUUGUUGCUUCUUUCGCUGCAUUUUGAUGCUCUUUCAAACUAGAGGUCGACCGAUUAUGAUUUUUCAACGCCGAUACCGAUUAUUGGACCAAAAAAGCCGAU